AUGAAUUCAACGAUGAAGGUUGAAAGGUUUCUGUCUCUUCCCGUAUUAGGAGUAUUGUCGGUGAUGCUUUUUCUCUAUUACACAACAAUCUUCAUCUUACUCGAUGAUUGGGUCGGUUUACGCACUUCCCCAGGCACCUUGAAUUCCUUCUUCUUCACUCUCUUCGCUUCUCUAUCCCUCUUCUCUUUCUUUAUCUGCGUUCUCACUGAUCCUGGUCAUGUCCCUCCUUCCUUUUACCCCGAUGUUGAAUCCACAAAUGCUAAAGAUGAUGCAGAACAGAAUAAAUGUGAUAAAUGCUUUGGUUACAAGCCUCCCAGGACUCAUCAUUGUCGGGUUUGCAGAAAGUGUGUUCUGAAAAUGGAUCAUCACUGCUUGUGGAUUAAUAACUGUGUUGGUUAUUGGAAUUAUAAGGCUUUCUUUGAUUUUAUAGUAUAUGCCACCCUAGCAAGUGUUUAUUCUACGGUUGUGUUUAUAAGCUGUGUACUUCAGAAGGAAUGGGGGCACAUUAAAGAGAGUUCUCUUAAGUUCUUUUAUGUCAUGUAUGGAACAAUGGUGGUGGGCUUGACACUAACCCUCCUGUCUCUCACUGGAUGGCAUGUCUACCUUAUUCUUCAUAAUAUGACAACCAUAGAGUAUUAUGAAGGAAACCGUGCAAAAUGGCUGGCUGCUAAGUCUGGACAGAGCUACCGGCAUCCAUACAACAAUGGUGCAUACAAAAAUAUCACAUUGAUUUUAGGUCCAACCAUGCUGAAAUGGUUAUGUCCUACAGCAGUGAGCCAUCUGAAGGACGGAGUUAGUUUCCCUACAAUACGCGAUAAUUCAUAA